UCCCUUUCAUCAUCAAGAAAUCGUUCGAAGCCUGCGUACGAGAUAUUUCCCCUUUCAGCAAGCAAUUCAAUUUGAUCGAUCGACCAAAAAAUGGCGCUCAUUUCAAGUGUUCUUGGUGGUGGCCGACGGAGCAACAUCUUUGAUCCCAUCUCUCUAGAUAUCUGGGAUCCCUUCGAAGGCUUUCCUUUUAGCACCACUCUUGCCAACGUUCCUAACACCGCUCGCGAAACCUCUGCCUUCGUCAACACCCGUAUUGAUUGGAAAGAGACUCCCGAAGCUCAUGUUUUCAAGGCGGAUCUUCCAGGGUUGAAGAAGGAGGAAGUGAAGGUUGAGGUUGAAGAGGGCAGAGUACUUAAAAUUAGUGGAGAGAGGACUAAAGAGCAGGAGGAGAAAAAUGAAAAAUGGCAUCGGGUGGAGAGGAGCAGCGGCAAGUUCCUUCGCCGGUUCAGGUUGCCGGAGAAUGCAAAGAUGGAUCAAGUCAAGGCUACUAUGGAGAACGGUGUGCUAACUGUGAGGGUUCCAAAAGAAGAGGUGAAGAAGCCGGAGGUGAAGGCGAUCGAGAUAUCUGGUUAAGUCAUUAGAAGGUUGACGGCCAUCAAGAGACAUGAUGUUUUCAAAUUUAGCUUACUGCAGGAGUCUUGAAUGAUGUGGAUGGUGUGUUACUUUGACAGACUGGGCAUGUGUAUGCAAGACAGUUUUGUUAUCCCUUUUUGGUUGUGUUUUUCCUUUUUAUGUGGGUUUAAAUAAAUGUGUAUCAUAAGGUGUGUUUUAAAGUAUAUAAAUGAAUAAUUUUCUUUAAUUAGAAAUGAU